AUGUCUAGAUAUCACACCAAACACCAAAAAAGUAUCAGAUUAUCAAGGUUGCCAGCAUUGUCUUCUCCAAAUUCGUCACAAUAUAAAUGCUCCGUGGCUGGCUGUCAAGAGGCUUCUGAUAGCCCACCAUCUUUGAUUGCCCAUUUAAAAACACAUUUGGUUAAAGGAGAUCAAAUAUGCUGUCCAAUAUCUCCGUGUAAAAGUUUGUUCAAAAUAAAGUCCUCAUUUUCUUCUCAUUUGACACGAAAACAUCACAAUUGGACAAAAGACAGCUUCAAUCGACAAAGUGUUGAUGACAAUAUUACUUCUGAUUCAGAGUAUUCUGCAGUUGACAAUUAUCAGUUAGAUGAUGUUGACCAGGAGGGGUCUGUUGACAAUAUCGAUAUCGAUGAAUACGAUACCAUAGCAGAUGAAAAUGAUGAAGAUAUUAGUGUAGAAGAUUAUGAAAGUAAUUUCAUGACCAGCUUUGCUUUAUUUUACUUAAAAUUACAAGCUAAGCAAUUAAUCCCUCAGUCCACAAUUCAGUUCAUAGUCGAAGAAAUUGGCAAUCUGUAUUCUUUAGGUUGGAAAUAUAUGAGAAAAAUGUUAAAAAGGAAACUGGUCGAUCAAGGACUCUCCAAUGAUGUGGCAGAACAGAUUCAUUGA